GAUUCAAUCGACAGAGGAUUCUUCCUAUCACUCCGGAAGAGUGUAGGCGGCUUGCGCACAUUUUCACCUUUUUCGUCGACGACCUGAAUAUUAAUAAAACAACUACCUACCUGACGACUCCAACGUAACCCGUCAGAUAAUUCAAGUUGAAUAACCAUUCGCCGACGUUGGCAAUUGUGAACUUUCCUUUUCUUCUCUCUUUUUCGGAUUACCUUCUAGUCAUAAUGGUUCGGUUCGCAUUCGUCCUCUCAGUGGUGUCCAGCCUGACAUCUAUCGUGCACGGCGCGUUUAGUUCGUCGUCAAAGAAAAAUGUCGUGGUUUACUAUGGUCAAGGUCCUAGUCAAGCCGGGCUAGCCACUUACUGCGCAGACUCCAGCAUCGAUAUCAUCGUACUCUCCUUCGUAUACCUCUUCCCAGCUCAAGCCAACGGCUAUCCGGGCGUCAAUUUCGGUAACCAGUGCGGUGGCACCGUGUACGCGGGCCCUGGCUAUAAUGGUACCAACAAUACAGUCAACAACCACCUAUACCAGUGCCCUGCGAUCCAGAAAGAUCUAUACACAUGCCGGAAAUCCUAUCCAUCUAAGAAGAUCCUGCUCUCCCUCGGCGGCGCGACGACCCAAUAUCAGCUCACAGGCGCCACCGACGGUACUGCCUUUGCGAACCUUUUGUGGGGCUUAUUCGGUCCGCGCACCACGGCCUGGGUCAACGCCGGCAAGCCACGCCCCUUCGACUACAACGGCGUCGGAUUCGCCAUCGACGGAUUCGACCUAGACAUCGAGCACCAGCCCACAGACAAUUGGGCCGGAUACACAGCUCUCGCAACACAAUUGCGAACGAACUAUGCAAGUGUCUCCGGAACAUACUACCUGACCGCAUCGCCGCAAUGCAUAGUACCAGACGCAAACCUGCAAGGCGUACUUCUGAAAGGCACCUUCGACAUGCUCUUCAUCCAGUACUACAACACGCCGCAAUGCAGCGCAGCAGCCUGGGUCAGCGCGAACCCAAACUACAAAUCCGGCGGAUCGUUCAAUACUAGUGGUUUCACCUUCGACCAAUGGGUAACAUGGCUCUCAAGCACGCCGAGCAAGAACGCGCGCCUCUUCAUCGGACUCCCUGGCUCCAGCGGCGCCGCGAGCGCCGCGUCCCUCGUCACGCCGGCGCAGGCGCAGAAUCUGAUAAGCGCGUAUUACUGCCGCAGCAACUUCGGCGGGAUGAGCAUCUGGGAAGCGACUUACGCUGCGGCCAAUGUGGCUAACGGCCUUAACUUCUACCAGAACAUGAAGAAGGAUUUGAAUACUUCGUCGACUGAUACGAAGCUCUCUUGCGUGGCCUCCGUGUCGAGCGGCUCCACUUCGGCUCCGAGUUCAACUUCAUCCUCUUCAUCCUCUUCAACGACCUCAAAGACGUCGACGUCUUCAACGUCUUCCUCCUCCUCCACAUCUUCUACGUCUCCGACAUCCUCCACGUCCUCGUUAUCUUCCUCCUCGUCUACGUCUUCCACGUCUUCUACGUCCACAUCCAGUACUUCGAGCUCAAGCUCGAGCUCGUCCCUACCCACAUCAUCUAACGGAGUCUGCGGAGCCGGACAGGGAUUCACAUGCGCGGCUGGUAUGUGCUGCUCUCAAUACGGGUAUUGUGGAACGGGCGCCGCCUAUUGCGGCACGGGAUGUCAGCAGGGCUAUGGAACGUGUAGCUAAGGAAAUAGGCAAUAGGCGGUUGUUAUUCUACUAAAAGGGGAGAUAGAAAAAAAUAUUCAUAUUAAUUCGU